AUGAUUGCAAGGGACUUCUCCGCUGAUCUCAACGAUGCAUUCGCGAUGGACAGCAACCUCGAUGGCUUAGUCCAGUCAGUCCAGCUGAAAAAAGAAGCAGUGGAUUCACAGACCCAAGAACUCCAAGCCCUCGAAGCACGCCUACGAGACACCGAGGAUCGUCUGAAAGAGCGGCAGUCCAGGGAUCCAUCUCUGGCAGGCAGAAAUAAUGGCACCAAUUCCAUCAACAGACGUCAACCUCUUAAUAAUACAUUCAGUGGUCAAGAGAAUGAUCGGCUGGAAUCCUCUACUACAAGCCCACAGGCUCGGCAGGCCCCAACGUCCCAAUCAGUGUCAGCGAGUACCAUGUCACACUGGAGGCCGACGCAAAGUACUGCUUCCGGGACAGGUGGUGAAAAUGCGCCCUUUGUUCGCCCGAGUGGGCAGGAGAAUAGCCGUCACGUGCAGUAG